GCGGCUACGCCUCGAGGCACAAUAACAAAAACACAGUGAACUGUCUACGUCUAUUAUUAACUCCGCUCCGAGACUCAGCUCAAUAGUAGGUUACUAAGUAAGAGAAAAGAUGUUCUCCAUUGUUUUGCUGAGCCUAGUGGCCACCAUAGUGACUGGAGUGCCUGUAGAGGAGCUCAAGUCAGCAGACUAUGAUCAUUAUGUCUUCACUCAAGUCUACCCAGCAGGCUCUUGCUACAGCUACUUCCUGCAGGGGAAGGGAUACGAAUGCAACUUCCCUAGCAAUGCGUCCACCUGGACCAUCCAUGGACUAUGGCCAACAGAAGGGGACACUAGAGGCCCCAAUUUCUGUGACACUGAAGCUACAUUUAAUCCCAAUACAAUCAUGCCUCUUGUCCCUCAACUGGUGUCCAAGUGGACCAACAUCCUCAACCACACUGGCUUCUUUGACUUCUGGAAGCAUGAGUACUUAAAGCACGGCACAUGCUCUGGAUUGUCUGAGUACAAUUUCUUCAGUAAAGUGUUGGAUAUUUAUAAUCAAUUGGCCCCGCUUGGAAAUGUGUUCCAGAAUGCUGGUGUAGUCCCUGACAACAAGAGAGGAUAUUCUGUGGACAAGUUGGGAACUGCUCUCAGUGCUCAGUUUGGAGUGUCUCCAGUGUUGCAAUGUACUACCAGUAAGGGUGGUGUUCAGAUCCUAGACCAGAUUGAGCUGUGUCUGAGCAUGGACUGGAAGCCCAUGGUGUGUCCUGACUCCACUGACAGUUGCAGUGGUGAUGAUGUCCUCUACCCCCAGUACUCACCAAGUGGAUACUAAUCAACUCAAUCAACUUGGUUACUAAAACCCUCGGCAUUGUAUAUUAUAUGAGCUACUAGUUUUGUAUUUAUUCACUUCACUUUCAUUGUUUAUGAAAACCACUUGUAUAAAAGUUGCAUAAACUGAAA